GACUGCCGCAGCGCCGCGCCGCCAGCGCCGCUGUGGAAAGGCAGGAAAGGGCAAUCAGUUGUUCAGGGCUAUGUUCAGGGCGGUCGUCGGAUGUGGAAAUCGUCUGUCGUAUCAUUUGCUGGUUUGUGUGCUGGAACUGUAGCUUGCAACAAGUGCCUCAAGCAUGACAGACUGUUACUACAAGGUGCUGGACAUCCCACGGAAUUCCUCAACCAACGACAUCAAGAAGGCGUACCGGAAAUUGGCUCUGAAAUGGCAUCCAGACAAGAACCCUGACAAGAAAGAGGAAGCGGGUCGCAGGUUUCGGGAGAUAUCAGAAGCGUACGAAGUCUUGGUAGACGACACAAAGCGCAAGCUGUACGAUUGCUAUGGCAAGGCUGGUCUCACUGGUGGUUCCUGCAAGAACACAGACACCACCUUUGAAGAAGGCUUUGACAUGCCCUUCUUCAACUUUGUCUUCCGCGACCCGCAGGACGUCUUCCGAGAGUUCUUUAGUGGAGAUGAGUUUUCAGUGUUCACCGACCCUCUCUUUUAUGGCGGUGUUCAACCUGAAGCCCGCCAUCACCAUCACGGACACUCACCCUUCUUCAGUCACCACAGACUCCACGGUGAUGGAGUGUUCAGCCGCAGGGCAGGGCGUAACCGUUUCUUUCACGGAUAUCCAGGUGGAGCUGCGGCAGUUAAUCGAAGAGAGGACAUUUUUGGAAUCCCCGGCUUUAAUAUGGGAGCCGUAUCGGACCUGCUGGGCGGCUUCAGUGAUGGGUUCACAUCGUUUGGCACAACCUCGUCUGGCAGCGGCAUGAGGCCCAAUGUUCGCAAGACAUCCACAUCAACACGCUUUGUAAAUGGCAAGAAAAUUGAAACCAAGAAGAUAAUCGAAAACGGUGUGGAAACUGUGACAGUGCACGAAGAUGGUGUUCUAACCAAAAAGACUGUUAACGGACAAGCCAUCAAGCAUAAAUGAAAACUUGUGCAAGAAUAGCAUUUUGGCAACAGUUUGCACUGAAUAGCUUAUUUUUUCUUCACACACAACUCAAAUUGCAUUAUUUCGUUGCAGCUAGCAUAUGUGUGUGUGCAAAAUAUUUUUUGUCUUUUCCUCUUUGCAUUGUCUGUGUUGUCGUCUCACAAGAUACUGAUAUUUGACAGGCCUAAGGAGAAGCACUCAUUGUGAAAAGGCCUCUUGAGUGAUGAUGCCAGUUGUGAUGAACCUUGGGGACCACUUUGGUUAUUUAUUUUAGUUUCAUUUUGGUUUGUCUGUAAAGGGGGCAUUUUUAGCACUUUUCAUUAAAGUAAUAACACAUGCAUGACCAUGACAAAUGGAAUUGGUGAAUGUCUGACAUGAUGAACCAGUACUAGAAACACUUAACAAAACAGUAGCUGCUAGUACCUAGGUAGUGAAGAGGGCCAGUGCCUGUCCCAUCUAUUUCUUGGUCUGUUUCUAGCGCUGCUGUAUCAUGUAAUAACACGUGGUUGGUCAAUGCUGAAUGUGAUUUCUUUGAUUGAAAAGAAAAAUAGGCAAUGUGAACAUUCCAUUAUAUGCUCGUACCUGUAGGACAAAUGAAUAAGGCACUGAUGAAAUGUCGCUCUUGAUGAGUGUGCUAAUAACAUGUAAAUAAUACUAGUUUGUGUGGGUAUGUUAGCUGCUUAUUAAAACAGUUUUGUUUUGCACAAUAAAAUCAACCUUGGGCAAGUGUUCCAAGGUAUACCUUGA